AUGUUAUUAGGGUUUCUUGUUUGUGUAUUUUGCGUUGUUUAUUUCACUCAACGAUGGGUACAUACGCGAAAGAAAGUGAAAUCUUCCUUGAUUCCGAUCGCCGUGAACUUUCACUUUACUCGUAAAUGCAAUUAUGAAUGUGGAUUUUGUUACCAUACCGCUAAAACUUCCGAUAAACCAACGAUGAUAGACGCCAAGUUCGCCCUGAGGAAACUAAAAGAUGGAGGGAUGCGUAAGCUCAAUUUCGCUGGUGGUGAACCGUUUCUCUAUCCAAAUUAUCUCGGAGAACUCGUACGCUUCUGUAAGCAGGACCUAGGCCUUGAGUCGGUGUCCAUUGUGACGAAUGGGAGUAAGGUGAAACGUGAUUGGUUCAUUCGUUAUGCCGAGAACCUUGACAUCAUGGCGGUCUCUUGCGAUUCUUUUAAUAAGGAUACCAAUGUACUUAUAGGUCGAGGUAAAGAAGGUUUGCACCUCGAAGCCGUACAAGAAGUUUCUUCUCUCUGUAGAGAAUUUCGUGUCAAGUUCAAGGUCAACACCGUGGUAUGUCGCUAUAAUUGGCAGGAGGACAUGAAUCAUGACAUAUCCAUGCUGCAACCGUUUCGAUGGAAAUGUUUUCAGGUUUUGAUCGUACCUGGAGAAAACACAGGGACUGACGGUACUUUGAAAAACGCGACAAAAUUUCAAAUAAGCAGCACGGAAUUCGAGGCCUUCACAAGUCGACACGAGAAAGUUCAUGGAAAACGACUCGUUCCCGAACCAAACAAUCUGAUGCGUCACUCGUAUUUAAUGAUUGACGAGCACUUGCGAUUUUAUGCAUCAGGAAAAACUCCUUCUGAACGUACGUUACUUGACACAGACCUUCAAACUUUGCUCAAGGAUGCUGGAUGGGACGAAACAAAUUUCUUUAAAAGAGGUGGUGUGUAUGAUUGGUCGCGUAAUCCCAACACGACUCCAUGUAGCAACGUGAAUGAUAAAAAAUUGGAUUGGUAA